ACAACAAAUGGGCGCUCCUUGGCUGACCAGCCGGUGAUAGAUUAUUUCCAGAGAUGUAGCCGCGGCUGCACACCUCCGUUACUUGGAAACCAACAGAGUGUGCGGAAAGUUUUUCUCGCUGCCUGGAAGACGUUUUGAGACAAAAGCGGUGCGGCGAGGGUGCUUCCCUCCCUGUUUUUGGUGAGUUAGACGGAAGACAACCUGUAUUGCAUUGUCAGAAAUACAUCAUUUCAUCAACCAAGCAGGCUGUUUGGGACUACUCUGAAUUUUCAUCACCCGGAUCCCCCCUCCCAAAUGCACCUCUCAUUGUUUUAUUCAAGGGAGAGUGGAUUACAAAGGUAGUCAUUCAAGUUUACCGCCUUAACGAUUUGAAGUCUAAUGUGGAUUUUAAACUUACUUCAGUCCCGUGAUACAGAAGAACAAGCUCAGGACGUCCCGCUAGAGGAUGGCGACAACGGCCACAGAGUGAUAAUGGAGGCGGGCAGGCUGUGAGAGACAAUGUCUUGGGGGGAGUUCAUCGAGCUCCGUGACCUGAGGCUGGGCACAGACCAGAUAGAGCUGACCAGCACACAGGUGCCCCGCUCACCUCCUCGCCUGGAGAGGACCAACGCCCUGAGGAUCAGCCCAGGGAAGGUCCCAGAGCUGCUGAGCCGGGUGGGCAUCAUCAGAUUGCUGAAUGAUGCCGAGGAUUCACAGCUCAAAGCGGAGAAGGGAGAGGGGCACAACUUCCAGCCCUGCAGCCAUGCUCAGCCUACAUGGUGUGACCUGUGUGGAGACUUCAUCUGGGGCCUGUACAAGCAGAGCCUGCGGUGUGCCAAUUGUAGAUUCACAUGCCACUACCGUUGCCGUGCCCUCAUCCAGUUAGACUGCAGGUGGGACCGAGGCUCCACGCUUGAUCAUGCAUGUGUCGUGGAGCACACCAUAGAAACAGACACAAAUGUGGAUGAACAAAUUGAAUGGGGGAAGCAGGAGCUGACAACUGCAGAGAUUCAGCAGAAAGUGAAGGAGUACAACGCUCAAAUCAACAGCAGUCUGUUCAUGAACAUGAACAAAGAUGGCUCCUACACUGGCUUCAUAAAGGUACAGUUUAAGCUGGCGCGGCCCGUCUCCGUCCCACCACCAAAGAAAGGACAUGAAGCUGGAGGGAGGAAGGCUGCUGGAGUGACACGCCGCACCUCCUUCUACCUGCCCAAGGAUGCAUCCAAACAUCUGCACAUACGGUCCCGAACAUCUGCUCGUGAGGUCAUUGAGGCUUUGCUGAAGAAGUUUACUGUGGUCGACAAUCCUGGCAAGUUUGCUCUGUUUGAGCGCAGCGAGCGUCAUGACCAAGUUUAUCUUCGCAAGCUAUCUGAUGAUGAGCGUCCGCUCCACCUGCGUCUGUGUGCUGGGCCCAAUGAAAAACUCCUCAGUUUUGUGCUGAAGGAAAACGAAACUGGAGACGUCAAUUGGCAUGCGUUCUCCAUGCCGGAGUUGAAGAACUUCCUGCGUAUCCUGCAGCGUGAAGAGGAGGAGCACAUCAAGCAGAUAGUGCAGCGCUACGCUCUGGCCCGCACUAAGAUGCAGGAGGCUUUGGCCGGCUCGACCCCCGGCUGAGAUGACUCUGCCCGGGGGGUUAACGUGCACCUCAUGACUGGAAAACCUUCCUGAGAUGACCAGUCAUCACUGCAUCCAAAGAUCCCAGAGAACACAACUCAACACCUCUGUGGUGAACGAGCGAAUGAGAGGGCGCAAGACAUGGAGAGAAAGAGCUAGCGCGAAUGUGCGUGUGAAAUGGUGAGAGAGAUGAGAAGUGCCUUACACCUGGAGAGUCUGAUGUGCCUGCGAGAAUGAGAGUGGAUAGCAUACAAGACUGUGGCUGACGAGACAUUCAUCUGAUCCAGUGAUGUCUUUGAUUAUUGGGACCAUUUGACUAUCCAAUGUACCUCAGCUGUGUCACUUUAACUUUAAAGAGAAUGUCAGUGGUUUAUGCCACUUUAAAUAUUCCUGUGUCAAUCGUACAACUGUUAACAGUGCUAUAAUCAAGCACUUUAGCAUAGUUAAGUAGUAAAUCUGGAAGUUACAUUCCUAUUUUUUGAUAAUAUGCAACCAAAUAAGGCCAAUUACAUGAGGCAGCCAUGGCAUGAUUGAUUCUGUAAACUGUUCAUAGAAAGUUGAGCAGUGCUAAGGACAACCAGUCAUGAAAACUGUGCCUCUUACCUUACAAAGUAAAAUUUCAUGAGCGUUUGUCCUGUUAGAAAGUUAAGUACCAGUGUUUCGCUGAAAGGUAUUUGGAUUUCAUUUGACCCAGGCUGAGUCUGCUAGAUCCUACCUACACACUUGCAUCCUGAUGGGUGCAGUUUUUUAUUUUUAGUAUUUUUUUUUUUGUCCCUUUGGGUAUGACUGAUGUGUGGACAUUUGUAUGGAGUUAUGAAUGUCAGAGAGAGCAAUGCCAAGAUCUCUUUGGUUGACUGUGUAUCGUCAAUGUAACUUGAUCAACUGGAAGCUGUCACUUUUCCUGUACUUGUUUUUUUUUUUUUUCUGUUUUCCUUUUACUAUCCUUACAUUUUAUUCCUUUCACCCUCUGUGAUUUUAUCUGUAUGCACAAGAUAACUUCAUUCAACAACACUUUGUACAUUGUAACAAAUAUGCACUGCAUUCAUUAAAGACUUUUCUCAACUUUAA